AUGUUUUCCCUACUUGAAAGGAAAAAAAAAUUCUCUCCAAAGACCUAUACGUGUGUGUUUAUUGGAUACAGUAGCCUUCACAAAGUCUAUAGGUGCUAUCACCCACCUACCAGAAGAGUGUUUAUCUCAAGACAUGUGGUCUUUGAUGAGAACACAUUGCCUUAUGUGCAACUAGACGCACCACUAGAUAGUUCAAGUGAUUCUACUCGCAUUGCUACCUUCGAUGAGUUUUUCUCCAGGUUGCUGGAUACCUCAAGCCCAGAUGUGCACUCUUCUAAUUCAGGGGAAGUGUUGAAUGGAUCACCAUUAAUUGGUGUAGGUGAUCAUCCUACAGCUGAUGUGAAUGCACCAUCGUCUAGUGAUCAGCUCACUCCUGAGUCUCCAGUUGAUGCUCCUACUGAUGCUCUUGAUGAGACUGCUGAGCCUAUACCUACAACUGAUCACAAUGUUGAGUCUGCUGAGCCUGCUGAUCACAAUGCUAAGUCUACUGAGCCUGCUGAAUCUCUUUUAGCAGUAGUUCCUACAGGAACAGAUGAUGUCAUGACUGCUGAGAGUGAAGAACCAAACAGCUCAGCUCAAGAUAGUGCAUCUUCUGACUCUAAUGUAUUUUCAAUUUAUGAUCCACAGGGAGUUCAACUUGAAGUUGACUUGUCUCGUUGGUUUAAUACUGAACCUAAUCAGGAUACACAAGCUAUAACAAUACAAGCUACACCAACUGAUGAUGCAGAACCGACACAACACACAUCAAAUUCACAAAGCCAUCACAUGGUCACACAACAAAAAUCAAAAUAUAUGCCAGUGAGACACAUGUGUCUGGUAGCAGCUAAGGAGCCACAGACUAUAAAUGUGGCACUUAGCUCACCAGAAUGGCUUGCACCUAUGCAAGAUGAGAUAAAUGCACUUCACCAAAACAAGACUUGGAUACUGGUACCUAAGUCACCUGGUAUGAAUAUAGUUGGCUCUAGGCAACUAGAUGUAAAGAAUGCAUUUCUGCAUGGACAUCUACAGGAGGAGGUGUACAUGAGUCAGCCACCAGGUUUUAAAGAUUCUAGACAUCCUGACAGUGUGCGCCUUCUAAAGAAAGCACCGUAUGGUAUUAAGCAGGCACCUAGAGCCUGGUUUGACAGUCACACUACACUAGUUUUAGAAAUCAUUGAUGAACUAGGUAAGGAGUUUGCUAUGAAGGACCUUGGCCCUUUGCACUUCUUCUUAGGGAUUGAGGUCAUCUAUUUUACUGGAUGCAUUCAUCUGAAUCAGAGUAAGUAUGCUGUAGAAUUACUUGCCAAGACUAGCAUGGCACUUGCUAAGCCAAUAAGCACACCUCUAGCACAGAAGCAUGGUCUACAAGAAGCUGUAGAUGAUCUAGUUGAUGCCUCACUAUACAGAAGUAUUGUUGGUAGUCUACAGUAUUUGACUCUCACAAGACUAGACAUAGCUCAUGCAAUGAAUUUAGCAAGUCAAUUCAUGCAAAGUCCAAACAACACUCAUUACCAAGCUGUAAAAAGGAUCCUUAGGUAUGUGAAGGGCACAACUGAGUAUGGUCUAAGAAUCUUGUCUCAGUCACCAUUCAGGCUAUAUGGUUUCUCUUAUGCAGACUGGAGAGGGUGUCCUAUGACUAGGAGAUCAAUUACAGGCUACAAUUACUAUCUAGAGCUAACUGCAUAUCUUGGACAUCCAAGAAGCAACACACUGUGGCAAGGUCUAGUGCAGAAGAUGAGUAUAGAGCAGUAG